AUGCCUGGAUUGCAGAGUAAAAGGGGCCAUAUUGAAGCCAUACCGGGAAGUGACCUUCUAAAAACAACCAGUAACGCUGUGAAGUCUGGAUCUAAGUCUGUCCUGGACAGGGGGAUAACUGAAGGGCUGUACCAAAGAAAUCGUCAUAUCAGUUUAAUAAUAAACAGAGAUCCUCCUGACUCCCAGUGGCCUAGACUGCAACAAUCAGCCUGCACAGAGUCUCCAAUCUUGGUUUUCAUGAUGUCUCCAUUUUCGUUCAUUACACUUGGAAUAAUUCUCAGUUUUUCUGUUUUCUGUCAGUGUCAGAAUCUCAAAAGCUUCAUGGAAAAACAUAUUGUACAAGACCAUGCCAAAAUCAAUUGUAAUGUCACCAUAAAGGAUCGAAACCUCAAGUUUCGAAACGAAUGUAGACGACGGAACACGUUUAUCCAUGAUACAAAUGGUAUACAAAUCAAAGAGUUGUGCUCUAACAUCAUAGGCCCCAAAGAGGUUAUAAGUGACAUGUCUUUCAAACUCACAGACUGCAAACUGCUCAAGGGCUCCCCAAAUCCACCGGGGUGUGAGUAUAGUCAGAAAAGUGAAAAUGGAAAAGUACAGAUCACUUGUGAAAAUAAUAGCCCUGUCCAUUUUGUUACGUUCGUAUUAAGCUCUGGUGUGUCUUGGUCUCCUUGCAUAUUGACAAUUUUAGCUACAAUUCUACUGAGAGAACUUUUUUAAAGUUAAUAUCUCCAUCACUCUAGUCUUGAUAGCCUUCUAAGGAUAUUCCGAGAAAAGUAUUGUUAUGUAAAGGGUGUGUAUAUUAUUUUAACUCCAUCGUUCUGACACAAGCCUUGAUCAUUCCAUAAUUUGCAAGUUCAUAUGACACUACUUUGUUUUCAAUUUCAUUUUCACUUUUUCUAACAAAAGUCUGAGUCAUUUUACACAAUGUAGCCUUGGUCACGAUAAGGCCAGUUUUUUUUACUAUUGAGUACAGUGCUCAUCGGCCCAGGACACAUUGCGAGAGCAGUGCACGUAAUUACAUUUCUCUUAACUUACAACCUGAUUGGUCUGCUCCUGCUACUUACAUAUGUAGGGCACAAAAUGUUGUAAGCCUGCAUCAGAAUGACUCAUUUUAAUAAAAAUGCUCCACCCUCAUUAAAAUGCAUCAUUUCCAAGCA